GGCGGGGCAGCAGAGAGCCGGUAUGUGUAGUGGGUACAGUACAGCGAGUGGCCGGCGGGGGCAGCAGAGUGCCGGUAUGUGUAGUGGGUACAGUACAGCCAGUGGCCGCCGGGGGCAGCAGAGAGUUGCUGUGUGUAGUGGGUGCAGUACCGCUGGCGGCCGCCGGGGCAGCAGAGCGCGGCGCCGCGGAGUCUCCGGUGGUGUCUCCGGUCCCCGGUCUGGCAGCGCAGUGAGGAGCCGGUGACACGCUGGAGCGGCGGCGGCAGAAGAUCUCGGAUUUCUCCAGGUCCUCCCGGGAGAAGCUGCAGCAGCAGAGGGGGAAGAUGUUCUCCAAGCUGACGUCCAUCCUGCAGCAGGCGGUGGAAGCGCUCGCACCAUCGCUGCCGCUACAAGAAGACUUCGUGUACCACUGGAAAGCCAUCACCCAUUACUACAUAGAGACCUCUGAUGACAAAGCCCCCGUCACCGAUACCAACAUCCCCUCUCACCUGGAGCAGAUGCUGGACAUCCUGGUGCAGGAAGAACAUGAGCGGGAAUCUGGGGAGACCGGGCCCUGUAUGGAGUAUUUGUUACAUCACAAGGUCCUGGAGACGCUGUACACCCUGGGGAAAGCCGACUGUCCUCCAGGCAUGAAGCAGCAGAUCCUGGUCUUCUACACAAAGCUUCUGGGAAGGAUAAAGCAGCCCCUUCUGCCGCAUAUCAACGUGCACCGACCAGUACAGAAACUUAUCCGGCUGUGCGGGGAGGUGCUGGCCAAUCCCACGGAGAAUGAAGAGAUCCAGUUCUUGUGUAUAGUGUGUGCGAAGCUUAAACAGGACCCAUAUCUGGUCAACUUCUUUCUGGAGAACAAGAUGAAGACAUUUCUAACUGCUGGAUUGUCUAACAACCUUGGUGGACUUGCUGGGGGCAGCCAGGUGGAGGUUCUAGCCAACGACACCGGUCAGUCCCACCCCCCUGGGGCAGAGAGCGGUGAUGCAGGUGCAGAUGCGAUUCCAAAUACACACGCUGAGGCCCCCGACGAUACCUUAACAUCUGCCGAAAUCCUGGAAGAGGAAGCAGCCGCCAAUCACGUUCAGCAGGAUUAUAAUCUGGUUAACUCCUUGUUAAACCUGACAAAGAGCCCGGAUGGUCGGGUAGCUGUGAAAGCCUGCGAGGGGCUCAUGUUAUUAGUGAGUCUGCCAGAGCCAGCAGCCGCCAAGUGCCUUACGCAGAACACCGCCCUGUGCGAGCUGCUGACUGACCGGCUGACCUCUCUCUACCGCGCUCUGCCGCAGUCCAUCGACCCGCUGGAUAUCGAAACCGUGGAUGGGAUUAACUGGGGCCUGGAUGCAUACAACGUAAAGGAAGACACGUCGGCCUUCCCUGGGAAGAGAGCCUUAAUCUCGUUCCUAUCUUGGUUUGAUUAUUGCGAUCAACUUAUUAAAGAAGCGCACAGGAUGACCGCAGACACCUUGGCCAGAUCGGUGCGGGAGAGGUUCCUGGUGGGGGUGAUGGAACCGCAGCUGAUGCAGACCUCAGAGAUUGGGAUCCUGACGGCUACGUCCCUCCUCCAUAGAAUCGUGCGCCAAGUCACGUCCGAAGCCCUCCUCACUCAGAUUGUUGGUUUUGUUCUGGGAGAUGAACGGGAUCCAGAGACCCUAAGCAGCAUCCAGAGAACCCCCCUACGCUAUCGCCUCAUAGAACACUGCAACCAUAUCUCCGACGAGAUCAGUAUUAUGACCCUCCGGCUGUUCGAGCACCUAUUACAGAAACCCAAUGAGCACAUCCUCUAUAACCUAGUCCUGCGGAACUUACAGGAGAGGAACUAUAUUGAGUACAAGCCGCCAUGUCCCGAGGACAGAGACAUCGUGGAGAAUGGGCAGAUUGCCGGCGCAGUAGAUCUCGAGGAAGAUCCUAUAUUUACGGACAUGUCUCCUAACAACGCUCUGUCUAAGGAAUGGGUGAGCGCGUCACCUCCCAUCACCCCGGAUCAUCAGCGGAAUGACGGCAAGACGGAGGUGCACAAGAUCGUCAAUAGCUUCCUCUGUCUUGUUCCUGAUGAAGCCAAGUCCUCGUACCAGGUGGAGGGCACAGGUUACGACACAUACCUCAGGGACGCGCACCGCCAGUUCCGGGAUUACUGCGCCAUCUGUCUGCGCUGGGAGUGGCCUGGCACGGUGAAAGCCAUCGAGAAGUGCAAUUUAGAAGCCCCUUUCUUCGAGGGACAUUUCUUGAAAAUUUUGUUUGACAGAAUGGGCCGGAUCCUCGAUCAGCCGUACGAUGUGAACUUACAAGUGACGUCAGUGUUGUCCAAACUCUCUCUCUUCCCUCACCCCCAUACACACGAGUACCUGCUGGACCCCUACAUCAGCCUGGCCCCCGGCUGCCGCUCCCUCUUCUCCGUCAUUGUCAGGGUGGUUGGAGAUCUCAUGGUGAGAAUCCAGCGGAUCCCAGACUUCACCCCCAAACUUCUGCUUGUGAGGAAGAGGUUGCUGGGCCUGGAGCCAAAUGGGCCGAUCGUGGACCACAUGACCUUGUUAGAGGGGGUAAUUGUACUAGAAGAAUUCUGCAAAGAACUGGCUGCCAUUGCAUUCGUCAAAUAUCACAGUUCAAGCACCCCCUGAUGCCGUCAGUGGCGCAGCCCCAACACACCUGCGAGACCAAAUUUUAUCUUCUAAUUAUGUUUUAUUUUGUGCGAGGACUUUAUGUUGGAAAGAAGGGAACCGUGACACCCGCUGCCACGAUCUCCGGCUCGCGGUUGCGGAUCUUGCCCUCCGGGACAUGUGGAAUAAUGUCACUUUACUGCAUAUUGGAGAUACGUUAUCGAUGGUUUAUUUUCCUCCGUUACAUUGAGUGUUCUACAGAACUUUUUAAAUACUGGGAUUUUGGCUCCGUGUAUUUGGAUUCAUCAUGUAUUAAUUUUAACUUUAUUUCUGCUUUUAACACAAAGUCGCCACAACACAGAGAUGACCGGUGAUGCUGCCAUCAAUUGAGACGAGUCGGUGUCAGAAGUUUACAUUAACAUUGUGUUAUGUCUUACACCGCAAAGUGAUGGAGACGGAAUCAGAAGUGGCGAGAUGGUCAUUUUAUCACUGCGCGACUGAGCGCACAAACUGAGGGGGUUUACUUUCAUUUCUGAUUGGACAAAACUACGGCGGCGUUUUUGUAUUGAAACAAAGACGACGACACAACGCAUUUUUGGGGAGGGCUCUUUCGGUCUGUUAGUAUUCCUGUUUUUUUCUUUUUUAUGUACGUUCUGGGGAAACUGUUCUUCAUUUCAAACCAGGCUGCAACUCUGCUGUCUCUUCAUUGGUUGGACCGAGCGGUGACGGACAGCGUGGACGGUCUCCAUGUUUAUGCAUCACGCAGCCAUCCGCUAAUUUGCUUCAUGUGUUUCGUGUUGUGACGCCAGAUGUCACCGCUUGAUAACGUGCUGCUACAAUCUGCUCAACCACCCACAUUUUUUAAGUUGCUUUUUAACUUUUUUCUUUUUUUCUACAUUUUAAUAUAAAUAUUGUCGGUGCCAAUAAUGGCAUUUGUGAUAUGAGCUUGUAAAAAAUAAUAAUAUAUUUCAGGACUGGAUGUCAUUAUAUGUCUUACGUUCUCAGUAUAUCUGCUUUGUGUAUAUAUGUAGUGUAUAAAUUGUACUAUACAUACAUAUAAAGUCUUCCCAGGAAGGAAAUCGCUCUCUUCUACAGUGUGUGAUUCCCGUGGCGUUCCGCGCUCUCCCGUUACCGCCGUGUAGAGGGACACACGUGCGCUGAGGACUUUCUUACUGGGGAGAGGAUUAUGAAUGUUGGUAGUUUGGCACAUUUACACCUUAUUCUUUGUUUCACUAGGAAAGAUGCCUUAAGUACGUUUAGAGUGCGCCAGGCGCCCAUUGUGAGAAUACCUCCUGUCCAUCCACUAGGGAGGCGGGUCAUACUGUAUCUCAGUGACAUCACUUGGUGUCUGUGUCACAUGAUGCUCGCGGGCAGUAAGGGAGAUACCGCGGCUCUCACUGCAGACCCCACGCACCAGAGGGAGAUUACAUCAUUUUAUUUAACUACACAGCAGAACUUGGGACAAAUUGGCAAGGACUUUAUGUAAGAAGGGAACAGUGACACAGUCUGAUGUCACUAACCCUUGUGUCGUUAAUGUCAGGGGUUUCCUCUAGAUCAUAUAUCAGCAUCCUGUGCUGUGGAACCACAAGUACCAUGACAGACGGGGACUUGCGGUUUCAAAACAGCUGGAGAACUGGUUGCCAAACCUUGUUCUAGAUGGCAGUGUUUGUUUCUACUUAAAUUUGUUUUAAUAUAUUAUUUAAGGGGUCUAGUUUGUAACUUGCUCUAGCUUUAAUUGUUGGUUAGAUACGCUCUCUAGGAGAUUGUAUGUAGGACAUUGGUUCUCAACUCCGACCGUCAAGUACCCCCAGCAGGCCAUGUUUGUAGGAUUUCUGUCUACCGUAGCAGGUGGGAUAAUUACUAACCCAGCAAAACAAAUGAACUGUAUGAUCCCAGAAAUCCACAAAACAUGACCUGUUGGGAGUACGUGAAGACUGGUGAGAACCCCUGCUGUAGGAGGUACCCCACGUACAGGAUCCAGGUGUACAAUGUCCUCUGCUAGAGAUUCCAAACCAAAGCUGGAGGCCGGGUGUGUAGAUGGAGGCAUUACACAAUACCCCUGAAGAAGAGCCUGAGCGGAGAGGCACCAGUUACAGUUCCACAUCGCAGACUGCUAAAUAAACUUGAAAGUUUGGGAUUGGAUAUUAGGAUUAUUGAAUGGAUAAGAUCUUGGUUGAAGGAUAAAAAACAGAGAAUUGUGGUAAAUGGAGUGCAUUCACAGGAGGGAAAUGUUACCAGUGGAGUACCCCAGGGAUUUGUACUUGGACCAGUGCUUUUUGAUAUCUUUAUUGGUGACAUUGCAAAUGGCAUUAAAGGGAAGGUAUGCAACAGGGUAGACACACCAGGUGGGGCAAAACAAAUGAUUGAGGAUCUAGGUAGACUAGAGGAAUGGUCAAGAGUCUGGCAAUUACAGUUUAAUGCCAAAAAAUGCAAAAUCAUGCACUUGGGUCUCAAAAAUCCUAAAGCUAAAUACAGUAUUAAUGGCACUAUACUGGAAACUACUGGGGAGGAAAGGGAUCUAGGAGUCACUAUCUCAGGUGACAUAAAGACAGGUAAGCAAUGUAACACAGCAAUGAGGAAGGCUAGUCAGAUGCUUGGCUGCAUUGGGAGAGGAAUCAGCAGCAGAAAGAAAGAAGUAAUAAUGCCACUGUAUAGGUCAUUGGUACGGCCUCAUCUAGAAUACUGUAUUCAGUUCUGGAGGCCAUAUCCUCAAAAGGAUAUUAAUACAUUAGAAACUGUACAAAGGAGGGCAACUAAAAUGGUGCAUGGCCUACAUCACAAAACAUACCCAGAAAGACUAAGAAAUCUCAAUAUGUAUAGUUUGGAGCAGAGAAGGGAAAGGGGGGACAUGAUAGAAACUUUCAAAUAUAUCAGGGGUUUUAACAAAGUCCAGGAGGGAAACAUUCUCCAAAUGAAGAGAAGCAAUAGGACACGAGGACAUGCACUGAGACUGGAGGGGGGAGGUUCAGGGGAAAUUUGCGGAAAAAUUAUUUCACAGAAAGGGUAGUGGAUAAGUGGAAUAGCCUCCCAUCAGAGGUGGUAGAGGCUAAGACAGUAGAGCAAUUUAAACAUGCAUGGGAUAGACAUAAGGAUAUCCUUACAAAGAAAUAAGGAUCAAAUAAGGUUAGAGAUAAAAAUAAAAUAAAAAAAAAUAAAAAGGGGCAGACUAGAUGGGCCAAGUGGUUCUUAUCUGACGACAAAUUCUAUGUUUCUAAGUUAGAUACACCAUAUAAAGUGUAUCUAACCAACAAUUAAAGCUAGGGUAACGGUUCCACUUACAAAUAACCCAGAAAGGUGGAUUAUAUGUUUGAGGAAGGUGGGGGAUUCUGACUUAAUAUUUCUUGGGAUAGUCACCCUCGCAUGUAUAGUUUCUGGAAAAAAACCUAAAACUCCUGACGGGGCAUUUUUGUCCCAUAUAGCAAUUCUACAUCAUUAGUGGUUGUUAGGUUUGUAGAUUAUUUAUACAAAGAACAUGAUUGAUGAGCUGUAUGUCAUCUUCUUACCCAAGUUUGCCCUUUCUUUGCUGAUUUUACGUAUUUUUCUACAUUUUUGGGGCCUACAUAGUCUCUAGUACAAUCGCUGCGUCUGCGAUUCAAGGCGAAAUUUUAAAGAAACAGAUAAUCGACACCUUUUAGAGCGCCUCAGUCGCGCAUGGCUAUUGCUCCAUGUGGCGUAUAGACCGUGGGUGUUUGAGGACAUAUCUCUGUAUGGUCUUUCACAUUAAUACUUAAUAUAAUAUUCACUGUAGUAUCUACAGAGUGCCUCAUUAAUGUGCCCUGACUGACUGGUGUGUGGGGACACGCAGUGUAAAGGAACGAACGUCUAUAACAGGCAGGGAAGGGUUAUACGUGACGCAGAUGGUCAGUCAUGUGACCGGAGAGAGGUAUGAAUCUUUAGAGAGAGAUAAAGUGGAGCGAGCUAUAAACCAGCCUCUGACUGUCCCGUUACCGUGUUAGACUAAUGACAGCUAGAAGCAGUUUGGAUUGAUACAGCUCCCCCUCAGUGUCUAGAUUAUACUCCCAGCGGUGGUUGAGCGCAGUGAAAUACCUGGUCGUGACUGAGCGCCCGCCAUGUGCAUGACAUAUACAGGUGCGCAGUAUAUACAUGUAGCGGUUUCUGGUGCUGCCAGGACAUUAUUCUAUUCUCUGCUGUCAGUCUCUGGUCACUUCACCCAUUGCACUUCCUGUCCAAUAAAAUGCCGUCAUCACCUGAC